CGGAGCACUGACGUCUCGUCCUGACAGAGAGAAGGGGGGAGCGGAGACCGCAGGCUGAAUACCUGGGCACAGCAACAGCAAAAACAGACUUUUUUUACACACAUCAGAGAACCCACAGAAACCGACCUACACUGAGAUCGACCCUAGUCUGCCACAGCACCAACCCGGACAGGAUGGAGUCCGACGGGGCUGUGUUCCACGCAAAUUCUGUCAGCUGUCCGGCCAGUAACCCGCUGCUGGACCAGCUGCCCAGUUACCAGUCUCUGCUGUACCGCAGGAAGCCGUCAGCAGGGGGCAGUGGGCGGGAGCGCAGAACGAGCACCUCCCGACAGCGAAUGGGAUCAUCUUCCAGCGGCAGGUGGGCGGGGUUCAGCACAGAGGCAAGGCUCCCAGACCCCACCCCACAACGGCCGGUCCGAGAACUGUCCGUAAACAUGAAGGAGAAGCGGCGGCUGGCCAGGGAGGAGCGACUAGAGCAGAGCAAAGACCUGAGCAGGUGGGAGCGGUUUCACCUGAGGAGAUUACGAUCCUGGAGGCGAUUCAGAGAUGAGAGCCAUGAGGUGCUGUUAACAUUGCAGCUCUGGAGGAAAGACAUCCACACUAUAGAGGGUAAAUUCGGUACCGGAAUACUGUCGUACUUCUCGUUCUUGAGAUUCCUGGUCCUUUUGAACUUCGUGAUGUUUAUCCUGAUAUUCGGCUUCAUCACCCUGCCAGUAGUCAUCUCCUCAUACGGAUUUGGAAACAGCACCUCCACCUACACAGAAGUGAGCGAUUGCACAACGUACCCUAGCAGCUCACGCCAAGGCCUGGUGAUCUUCCAUCAAUACAUAAUAGACCUGCUCUCAGGAACGGGUUUUCUGGAGCAAACGUACCUGUUCUAUGGCUUCUAUAGAGUCAGUACUGUGCACUUCACUAAGUUUAUGUACAACGUUCCUCUGGCAUACCUUCUAGUGACCAUCGGCUACCUCUUACUCAGUCUUCUCUGGAUUGUUAAAAGGUCUGUGGAGGGGUUCAAACAGAAUCUGGUCCAGGAUGAGGAUCACUUCCAGAGCUUCUGCAACAAGAUCUUUGCCGGCUGGGAUUUCUGCAUCACAGAUGAGAGUGCUGCUCGGCUGAAACACAGCAGUCUGCAGUACGAGCUGAAGACAGACCUGGAGGAGGAGAGGAUCAAGCAGAAGAUUGCAGAGCGAACUCGCACAGAGAGGGCCCGCAUCUACCUGCUCAGGCUGGUCCUCAAUCUCUUCGUACUGGGAGUACUGGCAGGCUGCUUCUAUGCCAUCUACAGAGCCACCAUCUACUCUCAGCAGACUACGCAGAUAAAAUCCCAAAACUUUAUACUUGACCUGAUCGUGGAGUACCUGCCCUCCAUUGUCAUCACUUUAGCCAACUUCAUCACCCCACUGAUCUUCGACGUGAUCAUCCAGUUUGAGGACUACACCCCUGCCUUCGAGAUCCGCUUCACGCUCAUGCGGUGUGUGUUUGUCAGGCUGGCCAGUAUCGGGGUGCUGCUCUUCUCCCUCUGGUCCCAGAUCACUGCCUGUGUGGAGCCCUGCCCUUGCGGGUACAACCACAAGCUGUACCCGUGCUGGGAGUCCCGAGUUGGCCAGGAGAUGUACAAACUCAUGAUAUUCGAUUUUAUCAUCAUUGCAGCUGUUACAAUAUUUGUAGAGUUUCCAAGGAAACUCAUCGUGAUGCACUGCCCGUGUGCGCUGACUCAGUGGUGGGGCCAGCAGGAGUUUGCCAUCCCGCAGAACGUUCUGGAGAUUGUGUAUGGCCAGACAAUCUGCUGGAUCGGAGCAUUCUACUGCCCCCUGCUGCCUGCCAUCAGCACCAUCAAGUACUUCAUCAUCUUCUACAUCAAGAAGGUAUCUCUGAUGCAGAAUUGCCGCCCGUCGACUCGCCCUUUCCGGGCCUCCAGCUCCAACUUCUUUUUCCUGGCUGUGCUGCUGAUCGGCCUGGCAAUGGCCUGCGUGCCUGUGGGAGUGAGCAUUGCAGAGAUCAACUCCUCCAAGGCCUGUGGCCCCUUUGUGAACUACACCACCUCAUGGGCAGUGGUGCCUGACACCAUAGACCAACUGCCCCCCAGCCUGCGCUCCUUCCUCCUUGGUGUCAGCUCCGAGGCCUUUGCUGUGCCCUUCUUCGUGGUCGUCUGCAUGGUCAUGUUUUACUUCAUCGCCCUGGCAGGAGCGCACAAGCGCGUUGUGAACCAGCUGAGAGAGCAGCUCAUCAUGGAGGGGCGAGACAAGCGCUUCCUUAUCCAGAAGCUGUACCAGGCUCAGAAGGAGUCCUGGAUGUCUCCACACCACAGAUCAGGUUCAGGAAUCAGCCAGCCAAGGGGGUCGGGCCAGCUGUCAGGGGUGUUCCUGGAGCAGCACACAGGGGCCAAUAUGACGCACGCCUGACGCAGAGACACAGACUGGCACGAAUGCUGCCCUGGCACACAGCAAUAGAACGGAACACAUUGGAGUUUUUGUGCUGAUGCGAGACAGACUCUUUAUUCACUUGUUACAAUUUCUCUUAAAGGUUUCUUGGGCCACUAUACCUGUCUGUACUAUUGAAACUGAAAAGCAUGUCCUGGAUAUCCAUGGCUACAAGCCUUACAUUAUCUAGCUGCAAGCCAACCUUUUUUAAAUGGGGUGUGACAGGCUGGCUCGCAGUGGUGAGGUGUGGUGACGUCACGGACCAGGAAGUAACUGAAACCAAAUAAUGGAUGGGCAAGUGAAGCUGAAUGCUACUGCACUCAGCGUGUUUAAUUAACCAAAUAAACAAAACAAAAGAUUUAAACAAAACAACAAAACAAAGGGCACGAGGGCCAAACGAAUCAGACAGACAAACAAGUAAGUGUUGUGCUGGCUAAUCCAGCACGUUUUAGCAAUUGUUUCUAAAUGCCGUUAUUCCUCCUUGCUCGCUCUCUCCGCUCCCUGUACUCUCCUCUGUACACUCCACCCUGCAGAACGGACAGCUGCCGGUUCUUGUACUCUGGCCGAGGGGUUAACUAGUUGUUAAUUAUCUUAUUACCCCUCGGCCAGAGUCUGCACGCGUUUGGUAAGGAUGCAUGACUGUCAGCUAGUUAAAUAAUCAGUAGCUGAUCAGUCAUGCAUCCUCACAGGGUUUUUUAAAUAUAAAUAAUAAAAGACGCAGAGCUUUUAACUGCGCCGCAAACAAAAAUACAAAUAAUAAUAAUUAGGGGCGGGACACUCCGCCACAUGGGGGUAAAAAUGCACAAGGACAAUAUAAAUAUUGUGGCCGUUGUCCCAUCUGACACUAUGUGGUCAUCUGGCCAAUUUUUAUAGGAACAGUAAUUUAGGUCAUUCUUCCACAGCUGCUCAGAAUAUAUAUGUAUUUGUUAAAUUGUUUCAAACAGAACAGAGUUAUAGAAAGCUGUUCUUGCCAUUACAAAGCUAGGUUAGUUCUAGGAUGCUGUAAUCUGCUUUUUGGUGAAGUUGAAGCUGAAUGUUUAUUUCUGCUUUUUGUCUAGUCUAUUCUGCCACAAGCCCGGCAAGCCAGUGACUUUCUUCUCUUGCUCUUUCAAAAAUGCUUUUUUAUUUUGUGUAUAUACCAUAUUCCUUCAAAUUUAAGAUGCACUUUUUUACCAAUUUUUUUCUUCUAAAAAAUAGCCUGUGUCCUGAAAAUACAGUAUAGUGAUGCGUGUAUUAAAAUCGCCAACCAAAGAUGUGACCGCACGAGUACACAAACAGCAACGUGACUGACUGGCAGCUGAAAGGUUCCCUCGUAGUUCUCCUGCGGAGCGGACGCUCUCCUCCUCCAUGUAAACAAAGCAAGCUUUCGCUUAGCACCCGCCUGUGUAGCUAUGCAGCAGCCUCAAACUGGUGCUGCUGUGUUAAGCAGGUUUAAGCUCCCCGAGCACGCCCCCCCAGUCAGCUCAUCACCGGGAAAGCCUUCCUGUAUUCCACAGCAGCAGCGUUUUGAUAUUAGGCUCAGUUCUAAUCAGACCCCUGUAUUUUUCUACUUGCCAAGCAAUACCACAGUUCACAAAAAGAGAGAAAAACAUGUGAGUAAUCACAACUGGAAAUGAGAAGCAGCUCAUAACUGUAAUGCUCUGUGUGACAGCAGACUGGAAAUGAGAAGCAGCACAUAACUGUAAUGCUGUGUGUCACAGCAGACUGGAAAUGAGAAGCAGCUCAUAACUGUAAUGCUGUGUGUCACAGCAGACAGCUGCGAACUGCCUCCAUGCAUCGUUUUCUUAUAGGAGUAGAUGCAUCUUUGUAAAUGCAUCUUUAUUUGAUUUUGAUGGUGGGAAAUGUGGACUGCAUCUUAAAUUCGAAGGAAUACGGUAAUUACUGACUCAAAACUUAAAAACUGCUUUUUUUUCUUCCACUGUCUGUGGAUGAAGACCACAUUUCUGCUGCAGCUUGCCGCUGAGUAUAGAAUAUAUAACUGGGUGAAGGUGGUGUGGAAAAACACACAUGGUUUUUAAUAACUGCUGUUUAUUUAUAUCCCUUUUUGAAUGUUUUUUUUAAAUUAUAUUGUUGUUUUAACAAAACACUAAACUGGUCAUAAUGUACAAAGGUAUAACUGAUAUAUGUGAACAAUGGUGUUGCUUAAUCCGCUAUAAAACAAAUGUUUGGGAAAUAAAGUGUUUUUUUUUUAAGCACU